GCGCGGUGACGGGCCGUGCGGGGGCGGAGGGCCCGGCUCGGUGGCCUCCUCUCGGCCCUCGGCCCCGCGAUCCCCGCCCAGCGGCCGGCAAUAAAGAAUGUUGAUGGGAGAACCAUUUUCUUAAUUUGCAAAUUAUUAAGCUGGUCGUCAUAAUGGAUGACCAGCAAGCUUUGAACUCCAUCAUGCAAGAUCUGGCUGUCCUUCACAAAGCUAGCCGGCCAGCACCGUCUCUGCAAGAGACCAGAAAACCAGGGCCUUCAUCGCCAAAAACCCAGAAUGAUGUCCGAGUUAAAUUUGAACAUAGAGGAGAAAAAAGAAUCCUGCAGGUUACCAGACCAGUUAAACUAGAAGAUCUGAGGUCUAAGUCUAAAGUUGCCUUUGGGCAGUCUAUGGAUCUACACUAUACCAACAACGAGUUGGUAAUUCCGUUAACUACCCAAGAUGACUUAGACAAAGCUGUGGAGCUGCUGGAUCGGAGUGUUCACAUGAAGAGUCUCAAGAUAUUGCUUGUCAUAAAUGGAAACACACAGGCUACUAAUUUAGAACCAUCACCAUCAUCAGAAGAUUUGAAUAACACACAACUUGGUGCAGAGAGGAAAAAGCGGCUGUCUGUAGCAGGUUCUACUAAUAGAGAUAGAAGUUCCCCUCCCCCAGGAUACAUUCCAGAUGAACUACACGAGAUUGCUCGAAAUGGGUCAUUCACUAGCAUCAACAGUGAAGGAGAGUUCAUUCCAGAGAGCAUGGACCAAAUGCUGGAUCCAUUGUCUUUGAGCAGCCCUGAAAACUCUGGUUCAGGAAGCUGUCCAUCACUUGAUAGUCCGUUGGAUGGAGACAACUAUCCAAAGUCACGGAUGCCUAGGGCACAGAGCUACCCAGAUAAUCAUCAGGAGUUCCCAGACUAUGAUAACCCUAUCUUUGAGAAGUUUGGAAAAGGAGGAACAUACCCAAGAAGGUACCAUGUUUCAUAUCAUCAUCAAGAGUAUAAUGAUGGUCGUAAGACUUUCCCAAGAGCCAGAAGGACCCAGGGCACCAGCUUCCGGUCUCCUGUGAGUUUCAGUCCUACUGAUCAGUCCUUAAGCACGAGUAGUGGGAGCAGCAUCUUCACCCCCGAGUGUGACGACAGUCGGGUACGAAGAAGGGGAAGUGACAUCGACAACCCCACUUUGACUGUCUCGGACAUCAGUCCUCCCAGCCGUUCACCUCGGGCUCCGACGAACUGGAGAUUGGGCAAACUGCUUGGCCAAGGAGCUUUUGGUAGGGUCUACCUGUGCUACGAUGUUGACACCGGAAGAGAGUUGGCCGUUAAACAAGUUCAGUUUAACCCUGACAGCCCGGAGACCAGCAAGGAAGUAAAUGCACUUGAGUGUGAAAUUCAGUUGUUGAAAAACUUGCUUCAUGACCGAAUUGUUCAGUAUUACGGCUGUUUGAGGGAUCCUCAGGAGAAAACACUGUCCAUCUUUAUGGAGUAUAUGCCAGGGGGUUCAAUUAAGGACCAACUAAAGGCAUAUGGAGCUCUUACAGAGAAUGUGACUAGGAAAUACACCCGUCAGAUUCUGGAGGGGGUCCAUUAUUUGCAUAGUAAUAUGAUUGUCCAUAGAGAUAUCAAAGGAGCAAAUAUCUUAAGGGAUUCCACAGGCAAUAUCAAAUUAGGAGACUUUGGGGCUAGCAAACGGCUUCAGACCAUCUGUCUCUCAGGCACAGGAAUGAAGUCUGUCACAGGCACACCAUACUGGAUGAGUCCUGAGGUCAUUAGUGGAGAAGGCUAUGGCAGAAAAGCAGAUAUCUGGAGUGUCGCAUGCACUGUGGUAGAGAUGCUGACUGAAAAGCCACCGUGGGCUGAAUUUGAAGCAAUGGCUGCCAUCUUUAAGAUCGCCACCCAGCCAACAAACCCGAAGCUGCCACCUCACGUCUCAGACUAUACUCGAGACUUCCUGAAACGGAUUUUCGUAGAGGCCAAACUGCGGCCGUCAGCCGAGGAGCUCUUGCGACACAUGUUCGUGCACUACCACUAGCCGCCAGGCAGCCCAUGCCUCCCAGCCCGUCUCGAGCUCUCCUCUCUCUGCACUUUCCUUUUUAUAAAACGGGAGACGGGGAGAAAAGACAAGAGGGAAAACGCUUCUCUUGAUUCUCGGUUAAAGUUGUUUAAUAAUAAUAGUAAAGUAAAUUUUUUAUAUUUAAUCUUUUUUCUUUACAAGAACUUGAAACUUCUUUUUUUUUUAAAUUUUUAUAAUGUACUGAUGUGGUUCAGAAAUAUAAAGCACUUUAGUACAUAGUUGCUCUUUUUAGUACAAACAAAUCAUUUGAAAUAUAUAAAGAUUAUAGUCUUGCCCUGUAUCACUGACAUGGAAGACGAAGAAAGUGCUGUACAAUUUGUAGUUUUUAGUGAUAGUAUUUAAAUAGAUCCUUAUUUGUGGGGUUGAGCUCUAAACUUGAGAUUAGGGUAGGUACUCAACUUAAAGAAUAUAGGUUCCUUCUUAUGCCUGUAUUCUUUAGAUGUUAACCUCUGUCUAUCAAGCUUUUUUGCUCAGUAGGAAUCUUGAAUAGAAGAUGCGAAUCUCUAAGAGGUAUGCUUGCUAAUCCUAAGCAGUAUAAUAGGCAAAUACACUAUAGUAGAUCCAUGUUACUGGAAUCUAUAAACCUUGAGAGAGAGCUUUCUCCUUAAAAAUACUGUUGUAUUUGAAAGCAGAUUAUGUGAAGCCAAUGAGUAAAUUCAACUAAAACACAGACGACUGUUCGUUAGAUGUAUGAGCAGUAGAAGAGAUCAGUAGAAAUAAUGAACAAAAAGAAGCAAGUGUCAUUUGGUAUAUUUUAAACAUUAUUUACUUGAGGGGUAAGUCCCAAAAUGAAGGGAACUGAGGAAUGAUAAAAAUUGUGUAUAAUUUCUUCCUAUUUCAAGCCCCUGGCUUCCCAUAGGAAAGUCUUUAACUCAAGUACCCAUCUGUUAAAGCUCCCGUCAUGAAGUAGAAGCCUUGUUCUUGGGGUCAUAGAGUACAAAGCCAGAGGCACCUCAGAAUAGCAAACGUCAGGUAAACUGAGGUCAGUGGUGGGCAGUCAUUUCACUUCACUUGGCAUUUGGCAAUGCCUGGAGACACCUUGUUGCCGUAACUGGCCAGGUCCUACUAGCAUCCAGUGGGUACGGGUUGGGCGAUGCUGCUAGACAGUUUAGUACACAGGGACUCCCUUCCAAGGGUUACCGUGCCAUAGACGGCAGAAGUGCCUCGGAUAAGCACCCAUUCACAGAGCAGUAACAGCACAGCUCAGAGGAAACAUGUAGGGUGCAUGACGGUCAUAAGACAGGUGAUGAUGAGUCGGGGAUGGACAGCCUCAGCACAGCAGGUCACAGGUGACUCUUGACAGCUGCUGACUGCACCUGAAUGUCACUAACUCACUUUAGAAGUAACUCAAGCAUUGAACCUUUUGAAUUUAUCAUCUCUUUAUUCUCUCCUUAAAAGUCAGUUCAUCCUUCUAGACCCAGAAAAGUACACCAGAACAAAGUGUUUCCUGGCAGUGGGAAGGUUAAAACAUUGCCACAUAGGUUUCCAGUGUAUGCAUCUACUUAGAGCAGUGCCAUUAAAUGGAAGACUAAGCUGGAGAGGACCCUGCUGUCCCUAGUAGAUUAUGAGACCUGGAAAACAUGAAGGUGUCAGUAAUGUGGCCACUUGUGAAUUUUUCAGCAUAUUAAACCAAGUGCCAAGUAGUUUAUUUUCAAAAGUCUAGACGAUAACAGUCUUCCAGGAGACCCUGAAUGUGAUACUUUUCAUUAGAAGGGACUAAAUAACAUUCUGAUUUUGUUGCUGUUGUUACAAGGUAUGUUUCUUUAGGUAUUUUUUUUAAGUACUUUGCUUCUGAAGUUAUGUAGAUCUGGUAUACCCUGUAAUAAUUUUUGAAAUUCUAGUAGUCUGAGUCAAAGCACAAAAUAUUGGUUAACACUUCUCCUAUACACUGUAAAGCAAAGGAAGCCCCUUACAAAGAAUAGGCAUCAGGUGCCUCUCACCGCAGCAAUCUUACUCUUACGCUGGAAACCUAUCGUGUGGGUGUGUUGUAAUUUCUUUAUCUUUAAUGAGUGAGGGCAUCUUUUCUACUUGAGCAAGAUCAUGGUACCUGAAUUGCUAGGGUUUUAUUUUGUUGUGUGUUUUGCUGUUUCUUUGUCUCUAGUCUGGUUGUGAUUUCCUUUUGGCUCAUUUUUGGUCCAUCAGGGUAACGUGCAGUACAGAAGAGAAACACUCUUCAAAAAGAUGCCUGCAUACUGGAACUCAAAGCAGUUGUUAGCUUUUUAACAGUCCUCUAUUUUUUUCCUAAUUCAGUAGUAAACAGCUGCAUCAGAGUACUUUUGCUUUAUGAGAAAAAUAAAUUAUAAAGAGUUAAAAAUAGACUAACAGUUUACAGAGCUAUUAUAUUGAAUAUGAUGUGAAUUUAUUUCAGACCAGUUGUGAAGGUACCAAAACACAGUGGAAGUUUAUAUACAUACAUAUAUAUGCACAUAUAUGUGUAUAAAAUAUACAUACACACACAUAUAUAUGUAUAAAAUAUACAUAUACAUACACACACAUAUGUGUGUAUAAAAGAAGACCCUGCUAGAGCAAAAAAGCUUGAAGUAGAUGGGGAAUGGGACAUGGAAGGUCAAUAGUAAAUUUAAAAGAACUUUUUUUGAAAGGAACAAUUUUGUCAAAGGAAAUAAAAUAAUUACACUCCAUUUUUUUCUGAUUAAUAGUAUGAGCUAACAGAUGAAGUUUGAAUUUUUUAAAAUUGCUCUAAAUGUAUUUUGCUUUUUUAAAAUGCACAACUGAUUCUUUUGGUACUGCAAUGUUUCUUUAUGGCUGGAAAAUGGCCUGACUGCUGACUUUGUGCCUUUAAAUGCGCUCUGCAUUGCCAGUAGCAGACUUCCGGUGCUGGAGCUAGCUCCACUCGCGUCAGAUGUGCAUCAGGCCCUACGAGACUCACAGCGGCAUGACAGGGAUGAGUCAAGCCAAGACCUUUUGCAGUGCAAACAAAAGUAGUUGAGUAAAAGAGUUGAAAAACAUAACUAAUACAAUUUUUAAUGGAUUGGUGUUUAAGUGUAUUGAAGUUAUACAUAUUUUGAGGUUUUUCGGAAUGAAUGCCUUGGAAAAUUUCAGCACUUUUCCUUGUUUACAAAAGUAUAUUUCUAACUUUAAAAACAUCUAUAACUAUUGCCUUAGAAAGUAUUAAGAGGCACAAUCUACAACACAUGAGAAGUUGAAUAUUAAUGCACAUGCUGGACUAUAAAAGAGUAAUUAAAACUUUUAUUUCAGAAUAAAUUGAAUUGGCUUUCAUUUGAGUCUUACCUUGUUCCCAAUAGAAAUUACAUAAAAAGUAAGAAUACAUCCUUAGAUGGCUUUCUGCUAAGUUCUGCCAUUGGUCAGGUCUUCUGAGCUGUACUAUUUCUGAAAUAUAGUUGUUAUAAAAUAUGUGAAAUCACUAAGAAAAGAAAAUCAAGCCUGAAUAGAUUGGCUGAUGACCCAGCAUGAUGCAGAUUCCAUGGCUAAUGGCAGAGUUCAUGCCAGAGGUUUCAUUUGGGGUCUGAGAACCUUUAUAUAAAUUCAGCUGGAGUCGUCCAGGUAUACAAAUCUAUCAGUCUUGUUUUGUGUUUUUGGAGUCAGGAUUCUCACUCUGUUUCAGGCUGGCCUGGAACGUCAAUGCUCCUGCCUCUGCCUCCAGGUGCUGGGAAAAGAGGGGUGCACCACCACACCCAGAUGCACCACCACACUCAGCUUUGUCUGUUUAUUUAAAAAAAUAGGGUCAAUAUUUUUCAUUUUCUUACUUAAUAAUUGUAAUGUGCUAUGUCGCAUUAAAUUAAUACCCUUCAGGAAGUUACAGUUGAAGAAGAGUAUGGGCAGGCAGUUACUUUAUGACAUACCCUAACUCUGAAGGUUUAGCGGUAUGUUUAAAAUGUUAGGCUUUUUAUAUGAAAUAAUAAGGAAGAAACUUUGGGUAAUUAUUGGCUAUCAUGGACUCCAAAAACAUUAACAAGAAGGAUUAGAAGAAAACUAUUCCCAUAUCUACCAGGUUAGGCAACCUCUGUCAGAAACUUCUCCUAGUACACAACACAGCCCCAGAAUGUUCUGUGAUGACGGAGCAUUUAUUCCUUAGUACACUGUAUUGGGGUUCUCCCUGACCCAGCUUUUAUUACUGUUUUAGUUUGGUUUUAAGGAAAAACAAAAAGUUUGUUUUACUUUUAGGUGUGGAAAUACCCAAAAUAUUUGAUAAAGGUUGAACUCACACCAAGUAUUUCUUAUGCUAAGAUCAGAUUUUUUUUUUGAGACCCUAUUGUUUAUCAUUAAAUUUGGCAUUUACUUUUAGAUGUAACAUUCAUAUUUAUUUGACUUUAACACUGGUUAAACGUCAAUGAAAAGCAAUUUGUUAAUUUUUAGUAGUGCCUUUUUCUCUGUAUGCCUUAAUUUUAUUUUAUAUUUGUAAUUCAAAUUACCUAACAAAAUGAAGUUUUCCAAAAUCACUAGGCCUCAAGAGUUUAUUUGGCCUUAGACUGUGUGUUGGCCCCUGUGUUUCUUAAUGCUUAUUUCCUUCUCUUACCCUUUCUACCUCCUUUAAGAAGAAGUUAGGAGAGAAACAGUAGCAUUUAUCUGAUUGCAAUCUCCACUAGCUGUGAAUCCCUAAAAUGACUAUAGAAAGGUAUUCUCAUUCUAAAAGACACAGGAAAUUGAUUUUUAGGUUGGUUACAUGAUUUUCAGUCAUAUUGGCACUGUCCAAGUUCUUUGUGCAUUAUUGUUUGGUUAUGAUUUUCAUAGAGCUAGGGCUGUUGUCUUACCCUAAAGCACUCUUGUGAGUGUCCUGCAAAGGUUGAGGCGAUGAACAAGAAAUCCAGGGACAGUGAAUUCUAAUCCUUAGUGUUUAACAUUUUGACUAGUAUUCUAGCUUACUGUUCUGUGAAGUGUGUGCGUGUGUGUGUGUGUGUGUGUGUGUGUGUGUGUGUGUGCGCGUGUGCGUGUGUGUGUGUGUGUGUCUGUUUGGAGUUAGGGCAGGGGUAGGAAGGAAGGUGUAGUUGUUCAGUUAGGUCUGUCUUUGUUCUUGGAAGAACAACUGAAAAUGUGUGAUCUACUCAUGUGGGAUGAUGAUAAUCACCCUCAAGUAGGCACGCCAGUAUAUUUUCCCUAAGUAGCUAGUGAAAAUGAUGCUUUAAUAAAGGUGUUUAUUGUAAAUUGCCAAGCUCUUAGUUGCUAAAAGUAGAUUAAAAUUAAAUUUGUGUGUUGUGUAUAUGAUAAUUAGCUUAUAUAUAAUUCUUAAAUAGAAAGUAUUCAGUCUUAGAUAUUUCUUUAUGAACUUUUUGGAAUAGAAACUCUGCCAGACAUUAUCCAACGUAACCAGCUUCCUUAGCUUACCAAAUCUUCAAAAGGAGAUACUCUGAUGCCUCUUUCUGGUUGGCUAAGGAAGGUGCUGUGUGCCACUGUUCCUACUUCAUAGGUGUCUAUAGUGUUGCUUUGACUUCUCCCAUUAUCUAAACACGAUGCCAUAAGAGCUGUGGACUCCCAGGGCCAUCCUUCUCUCCAUCCUCAUCUUUCCGAGCUGGAGAUGAUAAGCUUUCAGGGGAACCCAGACAUUUCUUUUCUCAGAGGUACUAAGAGUGGUAAAGGUUGAGCUUCAAGAAGGCAAGGGAGGAGUCGUAGCUAUAGUAAAGAAAAGAAUAAAUUGUAUCCAUUGCCUAUAUGCAGUUUCAUAUCAUUCUUGAUGGUUUUGUGUUUGUGUAUUUUAAUAGACAGUCAUAAGUAUUAGUCAUAAGGUGUUGUUUCCUAACAGCAAAGACAUUAAACAAGAGAAUACUCCUGUCCUGCCUGAUGGUGUUUGCUUGUAUCUCAGUCUGUAUUACCAGAGUCACUUUAAACCAAAGCUUUUGUAUUCCCUGCACAUAUAGCCAAAAUUAUUAUCCCUGUUACAUCUGCCCUUGUGUAAGCUAAUAGUACAUAUGGUAGAGCAGAUGCUAGUAGAAUUUGUAUGCCAAUCUAUCCUUCAAGGAAAAGGACAGGUGCUCAGUGUUUGCAUCUAGACAUGCAGAAUUUCCUUAAACUGUUGUGGAGCUAUAUAGAUACUGCAGACUUAAGUUUGUACGUGUGCCAACCUUAUUAACAUCAUCUGACCACUGAUGUAUGCAGAUUUAUAUUGACAUCUGAUUCCUCAGAUUGCUGGCUUAUUUUUUUUAUAGUGUCUUAACACUUGUGAGCUUGUGUUUGACUUAAGGGACAUUUCGACAAUGCUGUGAAGACACGUAGGUUAUGAAUUGAAGUCUGCUUUGUGCCAUAGACAGUUUGGAAUGCACAGAUGCACCUGCUCUCUAGUUCUUUAAAGCUCACAGAAUUUGUCCCCUACUUUGGAUUUCUGCAUCUUGUAAUGCCAGUGAGAAAAGCACUUUGUGUUCAUUUAUUUGUAUGUUUCGUAAUUUCUUAAAAAAAAAAACAACCCUGUGUAAUCAGUGAUUUUAGCAUUAGCAUUACUUAGAAGGGAAGAUAAGUAAGUAUAUGUUAAACUUGAAUAGACGCUUGGACUCCAGGAUAUAUUUGACAUGUUCUCAUUUUUCCAAAGACUUUUUCCCACCCGAAGAAGGGAGAGUAAACUAGUGGGAAGCUACAAGCCAGAAAGGCUUAUGGGCAAAAGGAAGUGGGCCAAACCCUUGUGGGGUAAAACUACAUUCUCUAGGGACAAGAAUACUUCUUUAAAGACAGUUUUUUUUAAAUAAUUAGUAAUUAAAAGGUUUACAUUUCUUCUAUUGAUGUUGGUUUUAAAAUUCAGCCUGCAUUCUGAAAUAUUCUAGCAAAGUUAAAACCAAAAAAAAAAUACUUUUAAUGUCUAACAUCUCUUUCAUGUGGUUGUUUUUACUCAUUGUAAAUAAACUUGGAUAAAUUUUAAAAUAAACUUUUAUCUUACAAACUAUGAUUAUCGAUUUGUAAAUUUACCCUUUGACUUAAUGUAAAUUUAAAAUGUAUCCAUUAAAUUCUCUAUAUUUAAUGUAUUAUUUUCAGUAGAUGUUUUUAAUCUCAGUUGAAUACUGGGCAGUGUAUAAUUAUGUAUAUUUUUUGUUUCUUAUCAAUGUUGACUUUUUUGCACAGUUUCCGAACAUUUAAUUUGUACACUGAUUUAUAUGACCAAUACUUGUGGAGUGUCUGAGACUCGUGUGUGCAUUGAACUACUGUCUUCGUGUUUGCACUCCUUCCCAAAUGUAGCCCUCAGUUACUACGCUGCUGCAACAAUUAGUAGGACCUUUUUGCUUUUGCAAAGUUACCUUGUGUGGUCUGUCUUUGUUGAGGAACUCAGGAGUUCAGUGUUGCAUUCUAAUUUUUUCCUGUAUUCUGAAUCAGUUCCUAGGUUGAAAGUAUUCUGUAUCAAUAGAUAAGUGUUUGUGUGGAGAUGUCCUCUUUUCUGUGUGUAGGCACAUGUAUAUAUCUGAGUAAAUUCUUAUUUUCAUUUCAUUUCUACAAUUUAAAGAACUUUAUGAUAAAUAUAUGUAAAAGCUUUCUGAAAGAUUAUUUACUAUAAAUAUAUAUACUAUAUUUUCAUCUGGCUGGUCAAAAUUAUUUUUUAAAUUUCAGUUUUAACCAUUUAAGCAUUUGUAGUUCCAGAAUUGGAUACAGAUUUUGCUUAGAGUUCAGUUAAAAUACUCUUGCAACUAACAUCCUUUGGGGGGGGGGUGGGAGAUUGUUAAAACAUUAGUAAAAUAUACUGUCCACUGACAUGGCCUUUGACCUCUCAGAGCUGUUAAAAAUGUGAGAAACUAAAUUGUCUUGAAGACAUGUCAAGAUUUUUAUAUUUCCAUUACUUUAGACUUGUCCGGCUAUUGUUUUUAACAUUUCCUUAUCUCCAAAGUUACUGAGCAAAGUUAGACAGUUUAUGAGACAAUGCUUUGACAUACUGUGACUCUUCACAGUUGACUACCAUUGUGUUAGGAAAUCUCCAGAUAUUCUGUGUGUCUUCUAUACUGUGCUGUGUGUUUUAAGCAACUGGCAGAAACAGUUGGAAAUUAGGUUUCCCCUCUGACAAUGUUACUGUAUUCAAUGUUCAAUGGAAGCCUUCUAAAAGUGUGUGGUGUUAUGAAAUGAUUUGUGUUAGGAAUAAAGUCUACAGUUGAGGUUCACUAUCAAUCACUAAGCUUAUUAGGGUGAAAGGAGCCCAUGUGAUUAGAACCUACCAGAAGCCGACACAGUGUAGUAUGUACCACAUUUCACACACACUUUGGGUUUGUUGUUCUUGUAAAAAAUUGUGUAAAAUUUCUUGAGUUUUAUAAUUUCUAUGUAUUUUUCCCUUGCUGGUAAAUAGCUUUUAAAAAACUUAAUAUAAAAGAAACCAUGUUUAUAUUUUGUUAGUGAUAAUGGAUUUGUUUAUAUGUCAAUUUUGUGUAUUAUUGACACAUCUUUAUUUAGAUUUGUCAUGCAUGGAGGCCUGCAAUAUUUAGUACGGUGAGACAUACUUUUUCUUUCCUGUUCAUCUUUGGACGGAUUGUGGUACAGAGGCUUACUUUCAGUAAACUUCUGGACUGUGGGAUGGACAUAAAUGGUGGCACUUUGUUAAUAAAGCUGGUAUUUAUUCCCACUGUGA